UGCACCAAGUCUGCACCAAGUCUGCACCAAGUCUGCCAAAGAAGCUCGGCCCGCGGCCCGGCUACCAACAAUCAGGUCUAAAACUUAAUCUAAUGCCCCUAGAAUCAAGCAUGGAGACCACGACGACGACUGUCAAGUUUGAUAACAUCAUCAACUUCCGCGAUGUAGGCGAGACCAUCAAUAUCUUUCUCGGCAAGAGGUUUGUAAAGGAGGGGCUAUUAUUCCGCUCUGCACGCCCAGAUGAUGCCUCGCUACACGACAGAAAGCUCCUUCGAGAUGACUUCGGCAUCCGUACAGUAAUGGAUCUCAGGACCAAAACGGAACAUGAUAAACAAGCCAAAAAGCGCCAGGCUGCCCUUGCUGGUACAGGUCCGACGCUUCUGAGAUCCAACGAUGCGCUAGCUGAGCCAGUCAAGAUCCCUGGACUCCAGUACCGCGAGGUCCGCAUCACCGGCCGUGCCUUUGAGCGCCAUCUGUUGAGCCAGCUGACCUGGCUAAGUUGGUUCAAGGUAAUCUUUCUGUUCAUCCUGGGCUUCCGGAUAGAGGCGGUGGCCAUCCUCGGCCGCGAGGUCAUGAACCCGCGCGGCCUAUCCGGCAUGGCUGUCGACACGCUCGACAACUCUGGAGCCGAGGUCGCCGAGGCACUGCGCUGCCUUGUGGAACCCGGUGGCCUCCCGGUCUUGAUCCACUGCACGCAGGGCAAGGAUCGCACCGGCAUGGUUGUUAUCCUCAUCCUCAUGAUCCUGGGCGUGCCGCUUGCCGCCAUCGAGCACGACUAUAGGCUCUCAGACGAGGGACUGAUGUCGGAGAAAGACGAGCGCAUGGCUGAAAUCCGCGAGAUAGGGCUCACCGACAAUUGGGCCGUCGUUGCUCCGGAUAUGAUACCGGCUGUGGCGAACCACCUCGAGUCCCGGUAUGGCGGACUUGAGUCUUAUUUGGACCGGAUCGGGUUUAGCAAGGACGAGCGAACAAAGCUCAAAGAGCUUCUGACAUAUUGAUGGUACAAGUAUAUAACGGACAGCGAUAUGAUUGAGGAAGGACUAAGAGGUCAAAUACGAAGUAAAAUAUUGGUUUUUGGGUAUCAUAAAAAUUCUAGGGCAUAAAUAAACCACCCCGAUUAGUGUAUCUAUCUGCCAACUUCGCCCUCACAGCUUUCUGAACCGCCCUUGCAGCCAGCAUCUAUACAUCUUGAGCUUCCGAGCUCGAUUGACCAAAAGUCUUCGAUCGGCUCCGAGAGCCUCUAUUUCAAAAAGAUCCGGCUUACUUGGCUGGUCUGCAGCGUCUGCCGCUGGUGGAGGCCCACCUGUCUUCCAGAUGGUCGACAACUCAUCCGUCUCGAAAAAGUAGACGCGCGUACCAUCUCCCCUGAUGUAAAAGUUCUCUUCUAGAUACCGGCCCUUCCGGAACCGGACUUGGGCGAGGUCACCCCUGCCAUAAUCACGGAAGCAGACGACACCACCGGGCUUGAGCAACCUGUGUACGUUUGCGACAGCCUUGGCCCACUGGGCUGGCGACAGCGCCGAAAAGAUGAAUACCAUGAGCGCAACGUCGACGCUGCCCUCGGCAAGGCCGGGCGGCAGCUCGUCGCCCGACACGUCCCAUACGUCGGCUUGCAUCUGGUCCGUCCCAUAGCUCUCGUGUGAGCGCAUCACCUCGACGGCUUUCUUGGAGAAGUCACAAGCGUGGAUUUUGAGGUGGGGGUUCUUGUUCUGUGCCAAAAUGGGGAAAGCAGUGUUGCCAGCCCCAGCGCCAAUUUCUAGCAGUACAAAGGGACCAGUGUCCUCUUUGAUGGCCUUGGUCAGAAUGGGGAACUCUUGCUGCAGCCACUUCCUAUCCUUGAAGAAGUUGGCUGUGUUGUUCUUGUAGAACUGAUUCCACCAUUUGGCGGGGUCAGAGUUGAACCUGUGUUUGUCAAAAUCCGAGACCGGCGACUGGCGCUGCAGGGCAUACUGCUGCUCCGCGUACUCCUUGUACACGUCGUCGGUCUCGACAUGAUCCCACGCAUUGAACUCAUAAGGAUCGUCAUCCUCAUUCAGGUACCGAGACCCAAACUGGAACGGGUCUGCCCGCUUCUGGUUGAAGUCGGGAUCGUGAGACCGGUGCGGAGGGACAGGAGCAGCUGCCUCGUCAACUCCCUCUUUCGGCGUACCCGCCACAUCCAGAGCAGCGACCGACUCGACCAACUUGUUGUCAGUAGCACUGCUACCACUGCCAAGCUCGGUGCUGCCCGGGGCGGCGGGUGCGGCGAGUGCCUCCUCAGCGACGCCCGUGGAUGCCAUGGUGGAAAACUUUUACCGUCAGGAGCAGCACAAAACACAAAUGAAGGAUUUUAUGCUUGCUAAAGACGACUUCAGUGGGGACUGAAGAAUGGGCAUUCGGCGCGCGCUGGUGAACACUCGGCUUUUAUAAGCUCGUGCUUUGAGUUGAUGUUAAAAGCAGCUGGUUG